CUCCCAAGCCUCGCUGCUUGAGAUUUUAACAGACAAAAAAGAAAAAGAAAAAAGGAAGUUAAAGAUGUCAACAGCUUCUUCUUUGUGUUCGUCAAUUCAAGUCAAUGGCUUUGGAGUGGGACUUAGGCAUCCAAGAACCCAUCUUUCUCAACCCAAGAACCUUACUUUUACAAGGAGGAGAAUCACUACAGUAGUGAAGGCGACCUCUCGAGUCGAUAAAUUCUCAAAAAGCGAUAUCAUUGUUUCUCCAUCUAUUCUCUCUGCUAAUUUCGCAAAGUUGGGAGAGCAGGUGAAAGCGGUAGAAGUAGCAGGCUGUGAUUGGAUCCAUGUCGAUGUAAUGGAUGGCCGAUUCGUUCCAAACAUUACAAUUGGACCUCUUGUGGUUGAUGCCUUACGACCCGUGACAGAUCUUCCACUAGAUGUGCAUUUGAUGAUUGUUGAACCAGAGCAGCGAGUUCCGGAUUUUAUCAAGGCUGGAGCAGACAUUGUCAGUGUCCAUUGUGAGCAAUCGUCAACCAUCCAUUUGCAUCGUACAGUUAAUCAAAUAAAAAGUCUGGGUGCUAAAGCUGGAGUCGUCUUAAACCCCGCAACUCCACUUACUACUAUAGAAUAUGUACUCGAUGUGGUUGAUCUAGUCUUGAUUAUGUCGGUCAAUCCUGGCUUUGGUGGGCAGAGCUUUAUCGAGAGUCAAGUGAAGAAAAUCUCCGACUUGAGACGAUUGUGCGCGGAGAAGGGGGUUAAUCCAUGGAUUGAAGUUGAUGGUGGAGUUGGUCCAAAAAAUGCAUACAAGGUUAUUGAAGCAGGAGCAAAUGCUCUAGUCGCUGGUUCAGCUGUAUUUGGUGCCAAAGAUUAUGCUGAAGCUGUUAGAGGAAUCAAAACCAGCAAAAGGCCAGAAGCAGUGGCAGUGUGAUUAUACUGCCGAAAGGUCGGCUCCAACGUAUGAUAUCUGUAUUUUACAUUUCCAUGUAACUUCAUAGAAUUUUGUUCAAAUGUAUAACCGAAUGUUGUAUAUGCUCGUUGGAUUGCAUGAAUCCUGCUAUACAUGAUGCAGAAUGGAAAUGCA